GCGCCGGCGCAUCAAAACGUGUCCGACUCGCGCCCAGUGGCGUGCCGUGCUGUGCUCUGUAGGUCAUAAUGCAGUGUGUGUGCUAGUCCACUGUAGGAACAAUGAGGCUGUCACUGCACAUAGCGGUGGUCCUGCUGGCGGUGUACCACACCUGCAAAGCAGAUCUAGCGAAAAGAGAUGUGUCAAGCUUGUACAAUCAGAACUAUGCGGUCCUGGGAGCACCGAUAGAUGCUAAUUUGAACGAGGAUGGGUACUUCUACCCUAAGCCCAAGAUACCAUUCCCUCCGCCGCCGCCGCCACCGCCACCUUCCACAACAAGACGCCCGCCCACUUACUCCACUUCAAGAACAACUGGUUACGAUUAUCCCACACCGAGUGUCGUCUUUACUUUACCUACAAGACCUCCCACGCAACCGUCACCUCCACCAUCACCGUCGCCAUCACCAACCACCCGACCACCACCUCCACCAUCGCCUACAACGAGGCCAACGCCGCCGUCACCUCGGCCCACGUCUCCCACACCAGGAUACACCUAUCCCAGUCCUACUCCAUCGCGAGUUCCCUCCACAACGAGACCUCCAGUUUACAUCACUCCGCCUACCACUAGAAGACCGAUAUACAUUCCACCUUCGACCACUCGAGUGCCCUACACGACUCGACCGCCUUUUGUACCUGACCAAGGUUACUACUAUGAUAGACCUAAGGUGCCCUUCGUUUUCUAAGUUAUGAUAAGUGACUUCUUUCUUAGAUGCCAUACUUAAUGUGAUACCAAAUUUACCAAGUUCUUUCUCUCAAGCAUUGAAUGGGGUUUUAUUAAUACCGACUAAAUUUCUUCCGGGCUGAUUUAAAAUUGUGGUAUCCGCUUUGUAAAUAUUUAAAUUCAUAGUUUAUACUUGAAUUAUUUUAAACUAAUAGAUUGAACGGCCCUUUAGAGCGGACGACCUUUGACUAAACUACCGCACAACUGUGGUACGAUUGUCGAUUGUCGACUAUUUCACAACUGAUUCAACUGAUUAGUUGUACAACUAAACAUCGAAUAGUGUGCGAACCUCUGUAUAAGCUCAUAAGAAUCAAAGCGAGAUUAAACAGUUGUGCGAUAGUUUAGUUUCAGGUGUGCGGACGCUCUAAACUACCAGAUUCAUAUUAAUAUACGCUUGUAUAUUACAAUAAUGAAUAGAAAUACUCAAUGGAGACGAGUGAUCAACACUGCCUUAUUUACUAAUUUUAAUUUUAAGAUUGUAAAGUUAUAUUUUAAAUAAAAAAAUAAUAAAAUA